AUGUACGUUCCCCUUCAAGUUGGCGUUUUCUUCCUACUGCUAUUUUCUUUAGGUUGCCUUCGCCCGCAUUGUUGGAAAGUGUUCUAAUUAAUUUUAGUCAUUCAAGGUUCUUUUUCAUACCACAAGCUCCUCUGAGAAUGUACGAGUUGCACGCAAGACAGAAAGAAGAAGAUCGUUUAAGGAUUUUUAUCUAGGCCAUCUUUCUUUUCCGUUUAUCUCUUACUUCCAACCAGCCUUGUCCUUCGACUGAUAUUCUCACUUGAUUGUUUUGACUUCCAUAAAAACGGAAUAACAAGGAUUAAUAUUUAAUUGUGAACGAAGAGUAAUGUUCCAAGGCUUAGUUUAUUUCAAGUCAUCCCUUGGUCCAGGCUAAGCAAUAUUGCAUGAUGAACGACGUGAUAGUCACAAGUAACGUCCUUUAUGUUCGAUCACUAAUUUUAGAGGCGUUAGGUUGCGAGCUUAAAGCAAAGACGUUUUUGAGCGUCGCAAGUUAACCGAAAGUGGACUUUUUGCAUUCUUGGGCAGUGGAAAUCGUCUUUAUGAGAGUAAAGACAGCUAUACAAAUGUGGUAGCGUCAAGGCAUAUUAAAAGCGAAAAGUCGUCACUUUCCGUUGACAUGCGUUGUUCAAGAACAUCUUUGCUUAUAAGCUGCCUAUUGCUAAGAUUUUAAUACCUGUUAAGCGGAAAAUAAUUUUACAAAGAAAAUAGCAACAGAACCCAUUAUGUGAAAUCAUUUUCUGACAUAUCAUGUCAUGUCAUGUCAUGUUUAUUAUUAUUACAUUUUUUUCUUUUUUCUUUGAAGCUUUAAUCUUUUAAACAUCAGUUACACGUAGUUCUCUGCACUAAGACAAAAACUCUAAGGGAGCCAUAGGUAGAAAUCCAUGCCACAAGAGACGAAAACUGAGCUGUGAAAGCUAAGACAACAGGUGCCUUAUUCAAGUUUGUUUUAAAUUUCUGUCUACACGAUGUCAAAAACGACUUAUAAAUUCUCUCAAAGUUGGCGAAAAAGCUACCGUCAGGACCAUUUCUGUUGAUUGAGCGGUUGUAGUUUUUACCAAGAAUUAGAUUGCAACACAAAAAACUGCUUUUGAGCCCCUCAGUAGAUGAUUGAGGUAAAUGCUACAAUCGGCGACAAGAUUCAGUGUUGAAACACUGUCUACGAGAGAAGUAAACUACACAGAAAGAAACAAUCCUCACCAUUCCCCCCACAAAAAUGUGGUGGUUGCUGUUUCCUACUGGUAACUUGCCUGACAGCAACACAACAUUACAUGGAGGGGGUGGGCAAGGGAAACAGGCAAGGUAACUGCAGGGUUAUUCAGACAGUAUCUCUGAGGUUAUAGGAGUUAAAUAUAUCGCUGCAUUGAAUUUAAUCUGCAAAUAAAUAACUAAAUGUUAUCUCUGAUUCAAGUACACUGUCUGUGUUACAUUGUGCUUAUUAAACGCCGUACGUUUUCAUACGAUUGACUAAACACCAUAUAAAUUCAGUUUUGAAGGCAUUUACACACCCCCAAAAUAGAUUUGUUUCUUUUUCGUUUCAGAUAAUACUCGUACACUGGAGUUCCGAGGACCUUUCUUCUUCAUAAGCAAGCGUUUGGUAAACCACACUGUAGGAACUAAAAUUGUUGCUGAUUUUGAGAACUGCAAGUUGCAUUGUUACUACGAUCACAACUGCGUGAGUGUCAACUAUCACGUGAGGACAAGAACAUGUGAGUUCAACAAAGCUACUUAUCGAUGGCAUAAUAACGAGUUCAAAGAUGAAAAUGGUUACCUCUAUUACGGAGCAGAUGUAAGUCAGUUCUUCCUAAAUAACUGCUCUCCUUCCCCUCCCGAUCCCCCUUUCCCUUUUCCUCCUCCUCCUCAUCAUCAUAAUCAGCAUCAUCUUCACGCCAACAUCAUUCCUUUUUCUAUUCCUUCUCAUUCUUCUUCUUCUUCUUCUUCUUCUCCUUCUUAAGAUAAAAAGCAAAAUUCCCACUGACUAUAUCACUUCACCCUUAAUCAUCCAGCUAUUCAAUUCCUUCAUUUACUAUUUUCUCUGUUUCUCUUUUAAGAAUGCCUGUGAAGAGUUCCAUUGUUUAAAUGGCGGAAACUGUCAAUCCGGAUUCACAGUAGAAAUAUAUCGAUGUUUGUGUUUUCCUGGUUUUAGUGCUAAGCGCUGUCAAAAAGGUAAGAACUCAAUAUGAAGUCAUAUAGUGUAAUUUGAAAAAGUGCAGGCAAUAUUCACUGACUGGCCCAAAUUUAUUUUUUAGACAUAGACGAAUGUUCACAAGGAAAUCACGGAUGUGACGCUAGCGCAUUACGGAACAAUGCAAACGGAUAUUAACUGUUCUUGCAAGCCAAGAUUCGAAGGAUACGAUUACAAUUGCACUGUAAUGAUACUCUGCGCACGUUCAAUUUUUUGCAGCCAAUAUCUAAGUUCUUUUUAUUGUUGUUUUUCUCGAACAGUUUAAACAAGCAUGGGAAGCAUGCGCAUUCUUUCAACAACAACAAUUUUGCUAUGCAGUUCCUCCAGUAGGACUUAAACCUGUCGAGUCAGGCAUUCUUUCUUUUUUCCUUCGGAGGAGCGAGAAGACAUAUUGUUAUAGUGAGGGUAUGUACGCGGGCUCAAAGGAGUUGAAAACAGACGCUCUGUGAUGCUAUAUAUGUCUAUCAUAUGAAAUGACGCAAACUAAAUAAAUUUCCCUUUGCCUACUGCCAGUUUAUUGCAUUUUUUCAGACAUGGACGAGUUUAACACAGAUUUUAAAAGCUGUCACAAGAAAGCUUUGUGCCAUAAUACCCAAGGAUCAUACACUUGCUCCUGUAAGCCAGGGUACGAAGGCGAUGGAUACAAUUGUACAGGUAAAAUACUUUAAUUUUCUUGUUUUUUUUUUUAAUCCAUUUAAAACAGUUCGAUUAGGUUGAGAGGUGACUGAUGUCAUGUUCUGAAAUCAGUGCGAGAAAGGGAAUGUGUUUUAAUCGCAAACUAUAUACUUAUAUUAUACUGGUGGCUAUAUUAACUAACUGUUUGUUCAGACAGAAUAAAUUUAAUAUUUAUUAAAAUUAUACACUCAGACGCGGACGAAUGCCUGAACAACUCUCACAAGUGUAGCGAAAAUGUCACCUGCACCAACAUCGAAGGGUCCUUCAACUGUAGUUGCAAGCCAGGGUACAUUGGAAAUGGCCACAACUGUUCAGGUUGGUUCUUGGCAUUCCUGUCUUGCUUUCCGAUAGUUUUGAGACUUCUCGGAUUCAGUACAAUUAGGGUUAAUGUUCAGCAAUGUACUUUUAUAAAUUGAAGUAUAUUAUAGGAAAUUGUUACUCGCUCUUUUUAUAAUAAUUUCAUUUAUUUAUUCAAAUAUUAUUUACUUACUUAUUCAAAUCUAAUAUCUCAGUCGUCACGUAUUGUGGAUAACGACUCAGAGCUCAUCUCUAUAUAUUUGCACAACUCGGGAAACCAAGAGGGAGUAACUUUUAACCCCCCAUCCUGUACUACGAUGGGAGUAUUUAUUAUGAUCGAACUUCUUGGAAAAAGAGAGAUCCGGCCGACAGCUUUUUCUUUUCUUUGAAGGUGGCUUAGUGGGUGGAAAAAUUCUGAAGUCAUUCUCAGUCACACAACAAACCAGUUACACUUCGACAAACAGCUCUUGCAUAAUUUUAUUUUAGACAGGAAUAUUAUGAUUCAUAAAACGACCAAUAUGCCUGUCAGGUCAGGUUGUGGGCUGAUAAAUGCCGAAGCUCUUGUUGGCGGGUAUAAAUGAAGACACUACAUCAGAACAUAUUAAUUAACUAUUAACACAGUUCACGACAUUACUAACACGGGGGAACUGAUUGUAUUUGUAGAAUUUGUACGAACAAAGCUUAAUUGCGAGAUCAUUCAGAAUUCAGAUGCAUGUACAAUGUAACUCUGUCCCAAAACAAAAAAAACGAAUGAUUAUACAAAACUGGCAGUGCUCGAGGUGAUGCAUGGUUGAGACGCAUAUCAGCCAAUAAUCUACUUCAAUUACUUUAGAAAAUGUCAGUAGUCUCUUAAAGACACUAUUACCGCGAUGUCCAAUAGUCUUUGGACUACCCUAAAAAGGUUUGGUAUUAAUCUACACUUUCGUCAAUCCCUUUACUACAUCCUUCCGUCCACCAGAUCCACGAUUAUCCCAUAAAAAUGUAUGCAGUUUUAUCUCGCGUUCCAGUAAGAGAACACCUAAUCAAUUCGAUCUGCUAAGGUAAUAUCCUUUGUUUAGCGUUCCUUAACUGAACCGUGCUAUUACUCACUUUCACGCUCUCGUUCAUUUCGGAGUUGUCACGUGGCUUUGCUGCUAUUCCUGCAUGUUUACUGCAGAGUUAAUGGCAUUUUUUGUUUGUCUUGACUGGUUUUCUUUUGUAAUGUUAUUUUUCCUCUUUCUCUUUGUUCAGUAUCAUUCUAAUAUGCAUGCAUGCAUGCACGUUUUUUUUUUAAAGAAAUGUUAGUCAUCCGUCCAUCCAUCCAGCCACCCAUUCAUUCACUCUUCCACCUAUCUACCUUAAUUUCUAUCUAAUCUACCUGCAGGACAUAAGAAAAAUGAGACUGUUGCUGUGGUAUGCAGAGAAUAUAUUUACUGGCCGUGAUCGAUAUUUUCUCAUCCAAAAUAACCUUUUUGUAUGAUCCAUGUGUUUUCAUUUUCAGAAUUUUCAAUAAACUCGACAAUAUUACAUGGAAAUCAGUAUUAUCUUCGACAUCUUCACCGUUUUCUUGCUAGCGCUCCUGCGGUUGGGGAGGAUUCUUCCUGGCUUCUUUGCUACCGUGCUACCUCACAUGGUUGGAAAGCCAAGACCUUCCAUGACAGAUGCGACGGUAAAAGAAAUACUGUGACCAUCAUACCGAAAGGCCAAUAUGUCUUUGGAGGAUACACUGACAUUCCUUGGGGUAAGAUUUGAUUUGGAAGUUUUUAAGUAUCUUCAAAAGGGCUUUAGUGCCACAGGUGUUCCACUGACACGUUAAAAACUCCUGCAGUUGUUCCUCGUAACUGCAAUAUGAUUCCAACAAUAGUAGUAGCAUUAACUAUAGUUUACGAAGUAAUGCUUGAAUAGAGAGCAAGAAAUACGAUUUCCUAAAUGGUGAAUUAUUUGCCAGAGACAUGCAAAUCGAUACCCCGUUCACACUAUACUUAAGCUGUCUACGUUUCACCCGUUCAAAUGACAACAUUCUAAGUAUAGAUUCAACUUAAAUCCAUUUUAACAGCUACAUUAUAUUGGCAAGUUUUUGUUUGUCGCAACGGAGCUACAUUAUUUAUAAAACGGUGCCCCGUAUAAACGCGCGGCCUGAUUCUUAAAGUAAAAAGAUAGAUUCUGCAUUCGAGCGAAGUGGCCCAUCCAAGGUUGGAUCAUGCGUUAAAAAAAAGUUUCCAUUAACAUGAAGCGAUCAAUAGUUAUGCUUCCUUCCCUUUGGAUAAAAUGAUAUUCCAUCGCAAGGUUACGCGAUGUGAUAGGAAAAGAAAUACUAUCUCCGUCAUUAAGAAAAGCCCAUGGGCCUUUGGAGGAUACACUGACAUUCAUUCUGACCGACACGCACCGAGGCAAAGCCAACCAUUUCAAAACAGUACAGUCGGGUUGAGCAAAGUCUUUUGAAUCCUCCUGUGAAUCCCUGGAUUGAAGCUUUGAGUCAUUUGCGUCAUUACCUUCGAUUUGUGGUUGAGUUAUGACCAGUAGGAACAAAACUCAGAACGCGAGGUACUAGUAUCUCUUUCCCUCCUCGACCCCUUUUAGCGUCAUCCUUUCGUCAUGUUUGUCAUGUGAUAGAACAGGGGGUUGUCCUCGUAUGCCGCUAUUCACACAGUUUUCAUAUUUGCUGAGGUUCACCUGGCACUUCCUUUUGGCUGAAAAUAUUUUUACAUUUCUUAGUUACUUUUGUCUCAGAACGAGACAUCCCCUUUUUAAAACUUUGGAUACACCCAUUUUCUGUUAAGUAGAAAUACGCUGAAAUAUUAUGUAACCAAGAUUGUUCAUGGCUUUGGUACUAAUUAUUGACAAUUGUUAUUUUGAUCACAAAAAAAUCAUGUUUUGUUCAUAUCAAAUCACCCUCACAAUGAGUAUUAUUGUUAGUGAGACAGCUUGUUCACAUGAAAAUUAAUUACAACCCUCCUUCUUAACCUGCUCCUUUGGGCUAUGAAUUUACAUGGUGCCCCCCCUUCCCCAACCCCUGCCCCUCUGGUUUUACAACCCCCGCUCCUGCUAAUUAUUGUACAGUUCUUUAGUGUUGUGUAUCAUUGUAGUUCACUGACACCUAAACAAGCCAAAACACAAAUUUAAAAGAAAAACGUUACUCGUAUUGUAGUCUACAGCAGGACAAUAGACCUCUUUCAUAAUAUAAUAGCAGCCCAUUUAUUUAUUCUUUUAAUUACUUCAAUUUAUUUUCUUGUAAUUAAUUGUUCUUUUCUGUUCUAUUAUUUUAUUAUUUAUUUACCUAUUUAUUUUUGCUCUUUCUGGUUACUCGCUUGUAUAUUUUUUAAACGAAAAUUAAAGUAAUUGGUGUUAUGGUGGCCAACUAAAAAACCGAAUGGUUCGCUUGGCCAUCAUACUCGAACUUUCAUUCAAUGGAAAUGUUUAUAGCGUGAACAGAAAUUUAAAAAGGCUCUAACUUUAACACUAGUCACAAUAAUGACAGAAAAUAAUCUGAACUGAAAUGAGCCUCCCUGGUCUCUUUUGAAAGUAAGAAUUCUUUUGUAAUUUUCACUCAUAUCAAAUAAUAUAUGAAAAGGCCGCAAUUGUGAAAGGGGUUUAUGCUAUAAGAGAAAUUUAAAACAAGCGAUAAUAUUGCUCCAAUGGUAGAUUUUUUGCAUUAAGGACGUCGACUUACGCAGUUUAGAGACACUACAGCUGCCGCCGCUCUGCAUGUUGUCGGUCAACUGCCAUAUUAAUUCCUGGUUUGUGAAGCUCUUUGAAAUAAACCGAUAUAUAUUGAAGAUUUUCACACAAAACAACGCAAGAUUUCAUGCACUGAUUCAGGUCGAUUUACGCAGCUUUGUCCGUAAGAAGGAAACAACGCGAUAGCAAGGCUAAAAAAACGGAAUUAGCCCCUCGACCUCAAUUAAGUUACAAAUAAACCUUUCAGGUAUUUAAUUCGUGUAAGACAAACUUUUUACCCUGCGAGCAGAGGCCCUUCGAUCUUCCCGACUUAUCUAGGAAGAUUGAAGGGCCUCUGCUCGCAGGGUACAAACUUUUUAGCCCGUCCUCUCAAAACAGCGAAAAAAGAUAUCAUCUAGGUUGACUGGAAAACGUUUAUAGCUUUUUUCAGCGCUUUCAUAGAUCAACAAUGCCAAGCAUUAUUGUAUGUAGCUAAAUUGGCGGUUUGACAAGUAAAUUCUUAUAAAGUUUAAUUUAAAUAGAGUAACUUUGAAUUCUUGAUAAAUAUAGCUCCACCAGCUUCUGACAGCUUCUACCAACAGAAUUUUACGGCGAAAAGCUUAAUAAAUAAUAUUACAAUUGCUCCUCCUUUUUGGUUUGAUUUUUAACCAUAUUUUUUUCUUUCUAUUGGUUGGUUUCGGUUUUUUCGUACUGCUGCCCUGAGUGAUUUACGCCUUGACAAGGUGUUACGUUAAACGAAUUUUUUGUGUAUUAAAAAUAAUCAGAUUAACAUAUAAAAAAUAACAUCCUCGUACAAAUAGGCUAUUUUACUAGCUUCUGCAAGGAAAAUAUACAUGGUAGCAAAAAUGUUAUUUAAAAUUCCUAUUUUAUGUUUUAUUUUUGUUUUGUUAGAAUCCAGUGGUGGCUAUGGCGCUACUUCCGAAGCGUUUAUUUUUUCCCUCAGCAAUAGUGAAGGCCUGGCACCAUUUGUGAGCAAGGUGAAGCAAGGAAAGGCAGGAAAGGCAAUUGAGAGGCAUUCAUAUUAUGGUCCAAAGUUUGGUCAGGACCUCGUCAUUCAUGUUGAAGCAACGAGAAAACAAUUUUCAGAAGCAAGCUUGGGCUACUUCUACUCUGUGCCGGCUUCAGUGAAGGACAAGGGCAGCACAAUCCUGACCGGGAAACAUGUUUACUUCUCACCUGAUGAGGUGGAGGUAUUUUAUCUUGACCCAUCCCCCUAA